AUGGAGGCUGUGGCCACGCUAAGUCUCGUAUGCAAUAUCUUUCAAGUGGUAGACUCAUCGGUCAAGGCAGUGGAGAUAUGCAGCCAGUUCUACAAGUAUGGUGCGACCAUUGACAUUGAAAACUUGAGUUACAUCUGUGAUCAGCUGUCCCAAACCUCUGCUGCUCUUGGCAAGGCUCAGACGGUCUCUCAACUGUCCAGAAGUGACACUGGGCUGGUCGAAGUUGGCAAGAAGGUCCACGAUGCGGCAGAGUCUCUCGGUAAAGAGCUCAACCAUCUCAAAAGUGCUCCUGGGGCAGGCCGGAGAGUCGCAGUUAAGAAAACACUGACCCCGAAAUGGCGAGCUACCCGCAUCGAUGGGCUAAAGGGGAGGCUUGAAGGACUUGUUCAGGUUCUGAACACCAAGGUCCUUGUACAUUUGAGCGAAAAACUGAGUGUCACCAUUCGCGACAAUGGAGAAAUCUUGAAGAAGUUAGACGAUAGGCAAGAGAAGAUCGCUCGAAGGAUCGCAGAGGGUACCACGAGUGUGGAGCAGCUUGUCUCAUCAAUGGGCGGCCAGACAAGAGCUCACGUCACUGAGGAGCAUCUUGUCACCAGAACCCGCGUUCAUGCAGUCGAUGAGAAACUAGACAAACUUGUGGGCAUUCAACAUCACAAGGCCGGAUUUGACAAGUUUAUGGAAAGCCUUCAUUUUCCGGAGAUUAAUCUGCGACAAGACACUAUCAAAGAUGUUCAUGAGAAGACGUUCGAAUGGAUAUUCGAGAGACGCGAUGAUACACAGCAACGUUGGCACGAUUUUCCCAAGUGGUUACAAAAUGACCAACCGUUGUAUUGGGUACUGGGUAAGCCCGGCAGUGGCAAAUCCACAUUCAUGAACUUUCUCGUGCAAGAUGGCAGGACGCUGGGUGUACUGGAAUCUUCAGGCCAGUCAACGAUUGUGCUAUCUUUCUUCUUCUGGGAAGCCGGCGUGGAGUUGCAGAAAAGCCGCGUUGGUCUUCUACGCUCUUUAAUAUAUCAACUCCUCGAGGCUAUCGACCAGCAAAAGGCACUCCGGGUGUGGUGCGAUAUUGUCCAGCCUCACGUCCCAGCGCUGCCGACCAUAUGGACCAGUAAGCAGCUCCUUCGUCUCCUACAACUGAUUGUACAGGCCGUGGAUCAACGCUUCUGUUUCUUUCUUGAUGGGCUCGACGAAUUCCGAGACGAUGUUGACGGGACUACGGUUAUCAGGGCCAUACAAGAUGUCUUGAAGGAUCAAAACCGCACAAAGCUGUGCAUCUCUAGUCGACCACAGACCAGUCUGGAUGCACUAUAUCAAGGAUGUCCGAAGAUCAUCAUGCAGGAUCUCACAGAAACAGACAUCAGAAGUUAUGUCGAAGAUAACCUCACCGGGAGUCCGUUGACCAGUCAUCUUGGUGGUACAAGCUCAAUGCAGGCGUCUCAACUUGUGGAUGUGGUCGUUGUAAGGGCUGAUGGUGUGUUCCUUUGGGUCACUCUUGUCGUCAAAUCAUUGUUACGCGGCAUCAAGAACGAGGACAACUGGGAAACCUUAAUGGAACGUCUUGACCAGCUGCCGUCCGAGAUCUUCGACCUCUACACACACAUGUGGAAAAGGAUGGCAGACGAUUAUCCAAUAUACGCCAAGGAAGCUGCACUUUGUCUGAAAAUCAUCCGGCGUUUCGGGCAACAGAACCUCUUCCAAAUGACCAUCAUGGCUGACGACCAUCUGCGCGCCCACUUCUCCAAGUCAACAGCCACCUGGGGGAUGGAACAAUUUGAGAUGGAGGUGGAUCACAACAAAACAGAAAAAAGAAUUGCCGUGUGUUGUGCUGGGUUCCUGGAGGUGUCAUACAAGCCCCCCGAUCACUUUCUCGAAAAAGAAUUAGAAGUGCGGAAGACACAGCUUGACCAGAGCGCCCUGAAGCAACAGCCUCAAGCUCUUCAGCGUUUGUUGCAAUACUAUCGCUUGGAGAUGACAACAACCGUUGAUUUCGUGCACAGGACAGCUGCCGAAUUUCUGCGUACCCCUACUGGCCAAGGAUUGCUGCAAGCUCGGCUGUGUACGGAAGAAGAGCUAGUUGAGCGGUAUCUCAGCACAGCUCUCAUCCUACAUUUUCUUUCUCCGCCGGAGUCGCCCACGGUGACUGUGGACCAGAAGUGGCCCUAUUAUCUGUCGCAAAUGAAGUCUGAUGCAGCCUCCGAAUUCUUCUCGGAGCUGGAAGACGUCUUUAAGAAACUCUCCCACUGGCGUUGGUGGAAUUUGGAGGACUUGGACAGAGGACCGUUCAGCCUUUUAAGUCGCAACUCCCGCAACGACCCAGACUACAUCAAGACCUUCAUUAAAUUCUGUCCCCCUCAGUACGUGUUGAAGAAACUUACUGAAGGAGGGCUCGCAGAAGACCGGGAUUAUCUCACCGAGUUACUUGAAAUGUGGACUACCGUUGAUCAGCAUGGAUAUGAAGAUGAUCUUUCUUUCCGGAAUGCCCUACUUCUACUUCAACGUGGAGCUGACCCCAACAAGACGUGCCACUGGGAUGGUGUAGUCAACCCGCCGCCCCUAUGGUCAGUUGUCCUGUUGAAACUUGCAUGGAAAUACCAACCCCAAAGGUUGACAGACGUUCUGACGGAGGUGCUGACGGCACUGCUGAGAGCCGGCGUUGAUCCCAACGCCAGUGUUAUGCGUUGUGUCGACAUUUUCAUGUGGCAGGAAGGCCGAGCACGAACGAUUUCUUCGCCUUUGAUUUUGUUCAAAUGGAGCGUUUGGGAUAUCGUCACAAACGCCUUCAGUGUCCCUAUCGAUAGCAUCAGCAGCCUCCUACGCAAUGCAGGAGCGGUAAGCUCGGGGAAAAAACUCCUCUAUUACACGCCCCGGAGGCUGUCAUGGUGCGUGUAUCCUACGCGGACUCUGAAAGGACGUCUCAACGACUUUAUCGGUUUAUUCCAAGCACCCAGCGAUUUCAGCUAUCGUGCGAAUUAUUUCAGCCUGGUUAAUUUCCUAGAUUCAAAUGAAGCUGAGCCCUGUCUCUUCGACAAUGACCUGGAGGUAUUCCAUGCUGCCGGAUGGACCGACGAAGAGCUCCGCACAACCCUGGGGCUUGAGAUCCUAUAG